ACUUUGCCUUUGACUCGGGAAGUGUUCAGGCUGGUAUAACGGUCUGUGUGGUUAGCAGGCACAGCACCGUUACUGCGAUCUCUUUCUUUUUCAGAUUUCUAGACCGUUUUACUAACAGUCUAUUCAUGAUGUUUUAGGGAGAGGCGUUUCGUUAGUUCAUCCAGACCAUGGCAGUGCACUUACCUCCUUGUGUUGUAGACUGUGGAACUGGAUACACUAAAAUUGGCUAUGCUGGUAACACUGAGCCGCAGUUCAUAAUACCAUCAUGUAUUGCCAUCAAAGAGUCAGCAAAAGUUGGCGACCAGGCACACAGAAGGUUGAUGCAGGGAGUGGAUGAUUUAGACUUUUUUAUUGGAGAUGAAGCUAUAGAUAAGCCAACUUACGCAACAAAGUGGCCAAUAAGACAUGGUAUAAUUGAAGAUUGGGAUUUGAUGGAAAAGUUUAUGGAACAAGUAAUAUUUAAAUAUCUACGAGCUGAACCAGAAGACCAUUUUUUUCUAAUGACAGAGCCUCCUCUGAACCCUCCAGAGCACAGAGAAUACCUGGCAGAAAUCAUGUUUGAAUCGUUUAAUGUACCAGGCUUGUACAUUGCUGUGCAGGCCGUUUUGGCUUUAGCAGCGUCCUGGACUUCAAGGCAAGUUGGUGCGCGGACACUUACAGGAGUUGUCAUAGACAGCGGGGAUGGUGUUACUCAUGCAAUUCCAGUGGCAGAAGGUUAUGUCAUUGGGAGCUGCAUAAAGCACAUCCCCAUUGCAGGCAGAGAUAUCACAUAUUUUAUUCAGCAGCUCCUGAGAGAGAGGGAGAUAGGCAUUCCUCCUGAACAGUCAUUAGAAACAGCAAAGGCAAUCAAGGAAAGGUAUUCCUACAUCUGCCCAGAUAUCGUUAAAGAGUUUUCGAAAUAUGACGCAGAUCCUGAUAAAUGGAUCAAGAAAUACAAAGGUAUUAAUGCUAUCAACAAAAGGGAAUUUCUAAUAGAUGUUGGAUAUGAGAGGUUCCUUGGGCCUGAGAUCUUCUUUCAUCCAGAGUUUGCCAACCCUGAUUUUAUGCAGCCCAUUUCAGACGUAGUUGAUGAAGUAAUACAGUAUUGCCCUAUAGACGUCAGACGGCCAUUAUACAAGAAUAUAGUCCUUUCAGGAGGAUCCACAAUGUUCAGGGACUUCGGACGACGUUUACAGAGGGAUCUGAAGAGAGUGGUAGAUGCGAGGUUAAAACUUAGUGCCGAGUUAAGUGGUGGCAGGAUAAAGCCCAAACCAAUUGAAGUUCAAGUGAUAACACAUCACAUGCAGCGUUAUGCAGUGUGGUUUGGAGGAUCCAUGCUGGCUUCAACACCUGAGUUUUUCCAAGUGUGCCACACUAAGAAGGAUUAUGAAGAAUACGGUCCCAGUAUCUGUCGCCACAAUGCUGUUUUUGGAGUCAUGUCAUAAUGUUUGCCUUUCAGUAUUUAAACCCCAUAGGAUAAAUAGCACAGACAGAGCGAUAUUUACUACUGCAGGAACUUGAAAUGCUGAUGGGGAGCUGGGAAGCUCCUCCUGCAGUCAGAGCCUUUUCAAGUGAAGCCAUUAUGUGCUGCCUGUUUUCCAGGAUCUCUUUAUCGUCCUUUGUAACCAGCAGAGCAUAUUAGAGUUGUGAAAAGGUUAAUUUACUAUUUAAAUAUUUGAGGUCUGAAUGAGGAGGAAGAAAUAAAAAAAAAAACAAUCAAAUCAAAUAAAGCAGGGAGUGCUUUAAUAUUGUAUAUACAGCGAGUCCUAAUCCUUAACAUGCACAACAGAUUUGUGUUUAUAUUUCAUAGCAUUUUAUAUUGCAUAACGACUGACAGAAUUAUCAGCAUUGGAAUGGUACUUCAGGGGUGCGGUGGGGUUUUGAAACCAAAAAAGUGUCUAGUUUAAGUUCUGAAGCAUGUGAAUAUUUAGUAGGUUUUAAUUUAUCUUUCAAAUGAUUUUGUUUAAUCGAUGCUUUGCAGACUGUUACUGUAUAAUGCUAUUUUUCAGAAACGUACGUGUGUGUGUGUGUGUAUAUAUAUAUAUAUAUAUAGAGAGAGAGAGAGAGGAAUGUAACUUUUAUUUAUCAGUGCUGUGCAAUCUGUUUGGAUUUUUCGUUAAUCUAUAACAAUAAAGCAAGUAAGUUAGUACUUGGAGGUUGCUUGCUGACUGGAGGCUGUAACAGCUAUCUUGGACUGUUGUUAAUAAAGGCCCUUCACAUAUUC